GACCCAGCAUCACAUGACCGUGGUCAGGAGUCUGAUACUCAGAUCCUUCACAAUACCUGCUGUAUGACGUCUCUUCCCAGGGAAUAAAAUUAUACUCAUUGUUUGACAGACUAGAGUAUUACCAUGUAAACUUUAUGUUAUAACAGACUCAUAAAUGUAAACAAAAGUUAUAAAACCUUAAAAUUUUCCUGGGCUAUAUAUUCGCGUCCCAGGAAUAAUAAUUUAAUUCCGCUCUGGUGCCGGCGGGUUUGUUGACGCCUUUCAAAGGGUAAAUUUUUCCGCCUUUUUUUUUCUUGUGUAUAGAAGGAGCUUCCUGGCUAGCGUAAGUUUUUAGUGGCGCUGCAGACAAGUGACUCACUGAGCCACCUUUAAUACACUAGAAAAAACUCACAACGAGGAUCAGACAGAAUCCAGAAGCAUGAAGUUUGCCAAGUUUUCUGCGAGUGCCAUUACUAAAGUUCAUGAAGCUUGGCGAGUGAAGUAAGAGAUGCUCAAGCUAACACUGUCAUAACAUUGUAAGGCAGUCUAGCUGAGCCCUAUUUAAGUUUCUAUCACUAAAAAUAAGUCAUCGAUGGAACACACAGUACAAAGACACAGUUGACAUUAAGUAGAACAAUGAACAGCAAGCUAAUGUAAUAGGUAAGCAAUAAGAGGAACGUGAUAGAACGAAGAAAUGCCAACAGGCCUGCUGCAGUGUUCCUCAUUUCUUAUGUUCUUAUGUUCUUAAAAAUAAAACUAUUCAGAUGUCUGAUGAGCGAGAAAUUAAUUUUCCCUUAACUUUUUUAAGUUUAAAAGUUCUAACUCGUUAUGCUUAGAAUUUCUGUAUUUAAUUUACCUGGUAAGAGGUGUCUUCCCACUGAAGCUCGGUUUAACGCCUUCCCUAGCACAUCUUCAUUAUAAAUUAUUAAUAAGUAAAAACCUUUUAAUAACAAGCAGCAUUUUGAGAACAAGAUAAAGUUAUAGCUAGAUGGGAGCCAGGGCUGUUCAUUUAUCAGUUAAUUAAUCUUCUCAAAAAUGUUCUUAUGCAUAAGAGACUGUUAGAGUGGUGAGUUACUUGAGGAGUGAAUGAUCGAUGAUGGGAUGAUGUUAUUGACGAGGCUACAGGUGCAGUUGGAUUGUUGUUGGCAGCUCGUCUUGUGUAAUAACUGUCUCGUCGCUUUCUGUAAAACUUAUCCAGCUGAGCGACCUUCAUAAGAAUCUUUUAUCACCUCCUUCAAGCCUUGUAUUCAGCAUUAGCUUCCUCGCUGCAACUAGAGCUAAGCAUAGGCUGAUAUGAAAGCUUGACUGCAUGAUGUAGACGAGGGUUGUACUAGUGCUGGAGAGUCAUUAGCGUACUUAGAAAAGCUGUACAGUAGCAAAUCCACAGCCAGGACGAAAUAUCAGUCAGAAUACUAAAAAAAAUCUGUGUAGCAAAUUUCAUAUCCGUUAAAGGUUAUACUCAACGAAUCAGCUAAAGAAGGCAAAGUAACCGUGACUGCGAACUAGCUGUUACUCCAAUAUUUAAAAAAGAGAAAGAUUAUGACUCUUCAGUUACUGCUCUAUUAGUCUGACAUCAAUUGUCCAUGAUCACGCCGCCUCCGACUGUUUCAUUUCACUUGUCUGCAGUAUGUAAUCCCCUUCGUUUAGUAAAACACGUAAGGUUUAUACCAAUCCCCUUCGUGCAACUGCUAUACUUUGAUCAAGAUUGAUGGGCUGAACGCAUCGACUUAAGGCUGAGGGACUGAUUAUAAUUAUCUCAAACUCCUCAUCUUCCACCAUUCAUCUCUGUACAGGACUAAGGAAGCCACUUAUUGGUAAAACGUUUCCACGAAAAAGAUCCCCGAGUGUUGCACAAGCGUCUCAAUCAACGACUUGCAAAGAAUCAAGAGAGAGAUCUAGACAAGCCGUCACUGUGGACAGAAGAUCGGGGAAUGAAUGUAAAUGUGGCUAAGUGCAAGGAAACCAGAGACUAGGUAUGGUGAUACCAACGGUAUGUAAAUAAAGACAGACGCACACUUCAAGACAUUUAUCGAGGAAACGUCUCGCCACAAGCAGCUUUUUCAGAAGUGAUUCGUGAAAAAAAACACUUUCUCAAUAAAUGUCUUGAUGGGCGAGUCAGUGACCUUAUUUACAAGUGCGAGGAAGUUCACUUUAGAUAUGUGAAUAUAAAAUUCUGUAUAAGUUAUGCAGAAACCGGGUCACAGAGACAAGUGAAGAAAAAGGCUUAGGAAUAAUCCUAAGCAAUGAGUUUUAAUAUACCAAGCAAUGCCUUGCUGCUGGCUACAAGGCUAACAAUGAUGCUUCGAGCACAAAACUAUUGCAACAAUAUUAAUUACUGUGCAGGGCUCUGUGGGCUGGUAGUCCAGUGGAAAGCCUUGGUUAAGUGAUCAGUAGUCAACAGAGAUUGAUAAGUACUCCAAAGAUUGAUAAGUACUGUACAGAUUGAUCAAUGCUCCACAGAGAUUGAUCAAUGCUCCACAGGGAUUGAUCAAUGCUCCACAAAGAGGGUCAUCACAUGACUAUCCUGACAAACAAAAUACUACCAACUGUCCCUGAAUGCCGCAGCUAAGAGUGAGUUCCUGUUACUAAAGCAGUGCCUCACACCAGCGUGUUUGGCUUCUUGAAAGAAGUUAUUACACUUGCGUGCGCGCGCGCCUGUAUGUUCGCAUCUAUUUGUGGUUGCAGUGGUCGAUUUAUAGCUUUUGGCCCCGCCUCUUCGUUGAUCGCUACUACGUCUAUUUUCUCCUUGCUCCACGAGCUUUAUCGUACCUCUUCUUAAAACUAUGUAUGGAUCCUGCCUCCACUACAUCAUCCUGCAGACUGUUCCACUUCCUGACAACUCUUAACUGAAGAAGCCCUUGUUUCUGUGUCCCGUCUCCGAAACUUUCUGUCGCUACCCCCUUGUCAAUUCCUCUCAGCAUUUUAUACGUCGUUAUCAUGUCUCCCCUAUCCCUCCUGUCCUCCAGUGUCGUCAGUUUCAUUUCCUUUAACUUCUCUUUGUAGGCCAUACCCCUUAGCUCCGGGACUAGUCUUGUUGCAAACCUUUGCACUUUCUCUAAUUUCUUAACGUACGUAAUCAGGUGUGGAUUCCAUACUGGUGCUGCAUAUUCCAUUAUGGGCCUGACGUACACGGUGUACAGUUUCUUGAAUGACUCCUUACUUAGGAGUCGAAACCCUAUUCUUAGGUUUUCCAGACGCCUAUAUGCUGCAGCAGUUAUUUGGUUGAUGUGUGUUUCAGGGGACAUGCUCGGUGUAAUACUCACCCCAAGAGCCCUUUCCUUGAGUGAGGUUUGCAGUCCUCCCUCCUAGUGUGUAUUCCAUAUGCGGUCUUCUUUGACCUUCCCGAAGCUUCAUGACUUUGCACUUGGUGGGGUUAAACUACAGGAGCCAUUUGUUGGACCAGAUUUGCAGCUUAUCCAGAUCCCAUUGUAGUUCUACCUGAUCCUCGUCCACUUGAAUUUUCCGCAUUAGCUAAACAUCGUCUGCAAACUGGGACGCCUCUAAAUCUAUCCCUUGUAUGUGUGUGUGUUUAUGGUUUGCUAACGGUGUGGCUUCUCGUAUGUUUGGGUGUACUCUGGAUGUUAUAGCUCUUCUCCCUCGCCUCCCUCUUGCCUCAGGAAUGUUAUUUUUCUUGUCUCUUAUGUCCUUCUUUUGUUAGAGAGAAUUUCAUUUUUAAAGCCCUUUUUCGCUCAUACUCCUUGUAAUCAUUUGCUUCUUUAAAUAUAUUUCAUACCGAUAUGUGUCCUCUCUCACUCUUUUUUGUUCAUCAUCAUUUUUUACUAUCUUCCUUUCGUGUUUUUUUUAUAGUGUAUUUUGGUGUUAACUUUAAGCCUCUUUCUUCUGGCCGGACUUCAUCUGUUUGUCUCUGUCUUCAGUUGUCUGUUUGUAAGUUCAUCUCCCUGUUUCCAUUUUGGCAGGAGCCCUAAGAAGUUAAAGGAAACCUAAAAGAAGUCUCAUCAGCAUCAGCACAAACUAUUCCAGUACCGGCAACAGCAGCGCCACCUCUUUCCUGACAUCAUCCUAACGUUACCACCUCCAGAACCAUAACAUACUAACCCAUCUCCAACACCAUGCCAUACUAACCCAUCUCCAACACCAUGCCAUACUAACCCACUUCCAACACCAUGCCAUACUAGCCCACCUCCAACACCGUUUCACCCUUCCCCUCACCCGCCAUCGCAUCAACAUCAAUUCCGGACGUAAUACCAAUAUCACCAGCAUCAUCAAAAGAACUACACACAUCAAGAACCAAAAUUCAUCGCUCUACAAAGCACCAUGGACAUUAUCAGCGAGGGUCCACUAUUAGAGCUCAACGCCGAUACAUUGUUAGAUAUCAGCACCUCAACACUGCUGAACCUUAACACGUCAACAAUCGUGGACCGCAACGCCUCUACACUGUUGGACCUCAACGCCAGCUUUCCUCUGGAAGGCAGCGCAGUUCCAGGGAUCACAUGGGACAUCUCUUCAUGGUCUUCCUCGUGCAACACCUCCGAACCACAAGUCAUAAGGGAGAACUUCCCCAAGCCACACGAUGUAGAUCUCGCCAGGCACCUCGAUGUGUACGAAGUUCUUCAGGUGGUGUUAAUGGGGCUGAUGUUUGUGAUGUCUCUGUGUGGUAACCUGAUGGUAAUGCUGGUCGUCUACCUCAACACCUUCCUCCACUCUACCAUCAACUACUACUUGGUCAACCUAGCCGUUGCUGACCUUCUAAUCACCGUCUUCUGCUGGCCCACCAUUGUUAACCGCAUCACUUAUCCUCUCUACCUCCUGGGUCGCCCCCUCUGCAGAAUCAGCGUGCUCACCCAAGGUACAUGUGUUACGGUGUCAGUAUUGACGCUGGCGACAGUAGCCUGUGACCGUGUGUACGCCGUCCUGCUUCCCAUCAGGGCCCACAGCGCCUCCUCCAAGCCUCUCACCAUUAUCGUCAUCCUCUGGCUCUUCUCCUUCGCCGUUGCCUUCCCUUCCUUCUACGUGAGGGACACCAGAGUCAUCCAGUGGAACGACCUUCACGAGGAAAGCUGCGCAGACUUCCUAUGCAGCGACACCCACCGGCAGAUCUUCAACUACUACCGCAUCCUGCUCCUGGCGACGUUGUUCUUCGUGCCGGGGGUGGUGAUGGGCCUGGCUUACACUCUGAUCAUCUAUCAUCUGUGGUGUGCCAGGAGAGGGCCCAGUGAUGCAGCCUCUGGUACCUCCAUCACACCUGAACCUCACGCCAGAGCCAGACGCAAGAUCGUGAAGAUGACAGCCAUGGUUCUCCUGGCCUUCAGCGUCUGUUGGACACCCCUGCACGCUCUCAUUAUUUACGACCUCUCAGUGGAUUAUAUGCUGCCGUGGUGGUUCGAGCCAGCGCUCUUCUGGGCUUACUUCCUCGGCUACUCUAACUCGGCCCUCAACCCUCUGCUCUACGGUGGCUUCAGUGACAACUUCAGACUGGGCUUCAAGAAGAUCCUGGGUCGUCGCCGCAGAGCCUCAGAGCAGACCUCCGGGCGCAUCAGGGCCACCGCCUCCAGCUUACUCUCUCGCAACCCAGCCUCCAAGAGGACCUCUACCUCUGUCUCCCGCCAGACCUCCAAUUCUCUCACUCACCAGACCUCCAGCUCGGUCUCUCGUCAGACCUCCAAUUCUCUUUCCCGUAACCCACUAUCACCUCAGUCCUCCCUCUCCCUCUCUCGUGUGUCUUCAGGAAAUAUGAACGCCUCUAAGCACACAUCCAGCUCGUUUUCCUCGCAGGAGCCAACCAGGCACAGACAAAUCACCAGUCAGAACCCAGACACACUAUCCAGCCAGCAACUGGUGAACACGAGUGAAGCCAAAGAAAUCGACAGCCCCACGCAGGCUACCUAUGAUAGGGAGGAGCUGGGGGUCUUGAGCAGUGAGGGACCCGGGGAGUGUCAGCUGGAUCCCGCUAUAAAAAGUGACAUCAAGACCAGUGGAAAUCCAAGUCAAAUCGAGAGCGGCGGGGCUCUCGAGGGAAGAAACAGAGAUCAAUUCAAUCACAGGGCCGAGGAAGGUGGCAGGGGUCAGUUGAAUUCCAAGAACAAGGAACGUUCCAAGAGCGAUGUAGAUCCUAUGAAUCAGGGAAGUCCCUUAAACCGUGGAAGCCGCGACAGUGACACUCAGAGGAGAAGGGAGAACUUUUUCCGGGCCAGCAGCAGUGACGCACGUCUUGUCUUUCCCGAUAUUGAAGAAGAAAAUUUUGUAUCUAACGGUGAUGGAAUACAACUGGAGCAAGAGUUGACGACGAACAGUGAUGAACGGUUAUUUAAGGAGUUGUUAUGCCUUAAACAUAACAACGAACAGUCAACCAAAGAACAGCUGUUAGCAAAUAAUGAUCAACAAGCUGAGAAAGGAUAUGGUUAUAAGCAACUGCUAGAGGGAAACUUAAUUUUGAACAAUGGUUGAACAUGUCAAGGGGUAUACAAAUGAUGCUACACUGUGAAAGUCGUUGAAUAUAUUUCUCACUGACCGGAGGUGUUCUCUUGUACACAUUCAAGAAAAAAUCUAAAGAGCACAUUGGACACGAGUGUUUAGAGUGGAGAGAUAUUAUUAAUUUUGUUUUGUGAAGUUACUUUUUUUGAUAAGCACUUUGCUACAAGUCGUAGAAGAACAAUUCGUUUCUGUUAGUGAAUGAACAGUAUCUUAAGUGCUAAUGGGUGAGCUGUACACACUUUGUGAACACUUGCAACACAAACUGUGCUUCUGAUUGUGGGUAAUUGUUAUUAUAUAUUUACAUAGAGCAUUUAGCAGGUGUGGGUCUUUCGGCACACUAGUGGAGGCUCCAACCUCCGUUCGUUAAUCACCGGACUCGUAGACAAGCUUUCCCUUAAUGGUGAGCAAGCACUUAACAUCUGUUAGAAAAUGGACAGACAACCAAAAUGACCUGACGUCGCCUAGCUCUGUCUGUUCUAUUAUUUACUAUGUAUACUGAACAUUAGUCGUGCUACCUUGUUCAUACACUUGUUCACUGUCGUGGACAUCAGUGGAAAAGCGAGUUCAAUAAGCGGUUCGCUGGUGCAUUUAGUCUAACAGCCAAGGGGUGAACCUGUUAUUGUCGCUAGUCCAUUUUAUUUUUCCUCAAGACUGUUACCAUUAGGGAUCUCAUGAAUGUCACCGUGAAAGCAUUGAGAAUUUUGCAGAAUUCUCAGAAAUCCAUAACAGCCGCCACAAUAAAUGGAUGUAUAUAUUGCUUUUAGUUAUAACUUUACUUCUAAUAUUAAUAUUUUUACAAUAUUAAAACAUCUAAACCUCUGUUUUUCCAUCUAGAGAAUUCAUUUUUUUGGUCCGUGCAAAUUCAUCACUAAGAUUUUCAGUGACCAAAAAUGAAUUGAUAAGGUGGCUGCUGUAGUGCUUUCUGGUUACCAUUUGAUAAAUAAUUCACACUGAGGAAGAAUGCACAUACAUCACUCAUUCUUUUAGUUCACUACACUAUCCUCUACACUUCGUACGUGACUGCGGGAAACCUGCGACACGAAUCCUCAACAAGACCAGCAUCAAUCAAGAUGAAGAGAAGCCUCCAAGUUACAUCGUUUUACCGGUCAGCGACGUUACGACUAACGUUUCAACACAUUUUGACAGAAAACUAGCUAAAUUAUCCACCUGCUCAUCAACUACUACUAAAAACUUGGUACAAAAACCCAAGAAUGACUUUGGUACUAGUGGAGUGUACAUUAUACCAUGUGGGGGAUGGGACAAAGUAUAUGUAGGGAAAACAGCCAGAUCUUUGGACAUUAGGAUCAGAGAACACAAAAACGCUUGCAGCAAUGAUGGCCGUAAAAACGCGCGUAACUUAGGGACGAUGUUGGACACCUCAUGAAAUUCAGUGAGGCUAAAUUAGUGAUUUAAAAAGACGAUUUACGGCGGAGAAAGUGCAUAGAAACUGCCCAAAUUUCUGUCAGUAACACUAUCCAUCAAAAGUCUGGUAGUUACACUAUAUCCAAAUGGCUAAUCAACAGGAUAUUAUCCAUUCUGGAGACCCUUGCAACGUGAUGUUAACACGUCCUUCUCUAACCCAACCCGUUUCACCACAGUUACUAUCACUACUUCUACUACUACUACUACUACCACCACCACUAUUACUACUACCCACGCGACACUCCACCUGAUUCUUGCCACUUAGUUUUCUCUGUAUUAGGACUGAAGAAGCUACUCGUGGCAAAACGUUUCCUUUAAUAAAUGUUCUGAACUGUACAUGAGUGUCUUUUUCCACAUCUUAUCAGCAUCACCAUAUCAUUUCUCAACGAUGCAGAAGUUUCCUGGUUUCCUAAUAUUAGAAAAAUAUUCCGACACACACUGUCCCUCACA